AUGGAAUCCGUUCAGAAAGUUCUCGAUACAUUGCACAUUGGAGGCAAGGCACAAGCUGCCCCUCCAAAAGAGCCCAGCUCCACCGAGCUCCAACAGCUCAAGGAGAAGUACGCCAGAGCAAAUCAAGACCAAGUUUUUACCUUUUACGAUUCCCUCGACGUCGCAGAAAAAGCUGCUCUUUACGAACAACUUUCCGGCUUCGACCCCGAAUAUAUCAACAAAAUCACCGAAAAGGCUCUCCUCAACCCACCCCAAACCCAAGAUGCCGACAAAGAAACUGGUCUUGAACCACUCCCUGAAUCUGCGACCGCCAGUAUCCUCGAUUCGAAAGCUGAAGAUAUUGAGAAGUGGUAUGCAUCGGGUUUGGAUUUGAUUGCUGAGAAUAAGGUUGCAGUGGUGCUCAUGGCUGGCGGACAAGGAACCCGAUUAGGAAGUUCAGCUCCCAAGGGUUGCUUCAAUAUUGGCCUACCUUCCGAAAAAUCUCUUUUUCAAAUACAGGCAGAACGCAUUCGCAGAGUUCAGAGGUUGGCACAUAAAAAGGCUGGUCUUGCAGCGGAUAAAAAGGUGGUGGUUCCAUGGUAUGUUAUGACCAGUGGACCAACCCGAGGACCUACCGCAAAGUACUUUGAGGAAAACAAAUACUUUGGUUUGGAAAAGGAGAAUGUUAUCAUUUUCGAGCAAGGGGUUCUUCCUUGUAUUUCGAAUGAUGGUAAGAUUCUUUUGGAGAGUAAGGGUAGAGUUGCUGUUGCACCGGAUGGAAAUGGUGGUAUUUACCAAGCCAUUGUCACAUCAAAUGUUAUGUCUGACAUGACAAACCGGGGUAUUCAACACAUUCACGCAUAUUGUGUAGACAACUGUCUCGUCAAGGUAGCAGAUCCAGUAUUCAUUGGUUUCUCAGCUUCUAAAGAUGUCGAUAUUGCUACAAAGGUUGUGCGAAAAAGAGAUGCUACAGAGUCCGUUGGUCUAAUCCUUCUCAAGAAUGGCAAGCCAGAUGUUGUUGAAUAUUCCGAAAUUGACAUGGAAACUGCCGAAGCCAAAGAUACCAAGCAACCGGAUGUCUUAAAGUUUAGGGCAGCAAACAUCGUCAAUCACUACUAUUCAUUCCGAUUCCUGGAGUCGAUCCCCGAAUGGGCCCACAAAUUACCUCACCACGUUGCACGAAAGAAGAUCCCCUAUGUGGAUACUGAGAAGGGUACGACCGUGAAACCCGAGAAGCCAAACGGUAUCAAGCUUGAGCAAUUUGUCUUCGACGUCUUUCCAAUGUUGGAACUUAAUAAAUUUGCUUGUAUGGAAGUCAAACGUGAGGAUGAAUUCUCACCGCUGAAGAACGCAAAGGGCACAGGUGAAGAUGAUCCAGAUACCAGUAAGAAACAUAUCAUGGAUCAAGGUAAACGAUGGGCACAAGCUGCAGGUGCUACCGUUGUUGGCGAGAAUACCGACGAUGGUAUCGAAGUUUCUCCAUUAAUCAGUUACGGUGGAGAAGGAUUGGAGAAGUUGAAGGGCCAAACCAUUACCGCACCAGCUGUUUUGGAGAAGGAGCUAUCAUAG